CGCGGUUGGGGUCCGGUUCCGCCCUGGCCCAGCCAUUAGUUUGGAUUGCCACGUCGGGCAGCUAGCAACGCAAAAUGGUUCCGAUAUCGAUACAACUCUGGGCGACGACAUUGGCCAUCAUCUUCCUGCUGCCCACGGCCCUAAAUGGUGGCUCUGUGCCAACGGCUGGCGAGGCUAGAGCGAUUCGUCCUCGCUUCGAUGUGGAUCCGGGCAGGAUUAUCAAUGGCACUGAGGCCACCAUGGAGGCCACCAGGCAUCAGGUGGGACUGAGGAGGGCCCUCAACGAUGGCUACUACUUUGGCACGGGUCACAUCUGUGGUGGAGCUCUGAUCCGUCACAACUGGGUGCUCACUGCCGCCCAUUGCUUUGUGGAUCAGGAGAUCUACGACGGCACCUUCGUGGCCAAGGAGAAGUUCAUUGUGGUGAUGGGCAACGUGGAUCGCUUCAAUCGCACCAACUCGCUGACCUUCGAGAUUGAUCUGCUCGUCCUGCAGCUGGACAAGUUUGAUCUGAGCACCUACGACAGGGACAUUGCCCUGCUGCGGCUGAACGACUCAGUGCCGAGCAAUCAUCCCACCAUACGGCCCAUCGAUAUCACCGCGCUGGCAGUGCCAGCGGACACCGUUUGCCAGGUGACGGGCUGGGGCUACACGGAGGCUGGCUACACCUCGGACUACCUCAUGACCGUCGAUGUGCCCAUGAUCAGUGAGGCGGUGUGCAUCAACGACAGCGAUCUGGGGCACCUGAUCAAGCCCGGCAUGGUGUGUGCCGGCUAUCUGGAGCAGGGCGAACGGGAUGCCUGCAGUGGCGAUUCGGGGGGUCCACUCGUCUGCCGCAGCCAGCUGGCCGGCAUCGUAUCCUGGGGCAUUGGCUGUGCCGAGCCCAAUUUGCCGGGCGUCUACACGGAGGUCUCCUACUACCACGACUGGAUACUGGAGCAGAUCGGCGAGGAGGGGGAGGCGAGUGGGGAGGGUAGUGGCGAGGGCAGUGGCGAGGGAAGUGGUGACGGUGAAGGUGAGGGAAGUGGAGAUGGAGAUGGCGGUGGUGCCAAGGCAGCCCUCGCUGGCGUCCUUAGCCUCCUCCUGCCUGGCCUCCUCUCCAUGAGGUUAUUUUCAAGCCAUCUCUAGUGUUCUCUCGCCCGCUUUCUCUCUCUUUUAGUAGCAAAUAAAAUUUGUAUCUAUUACUUAAGGAAAUGUCUCUGAUAAAAAAACUC